AUGGCGCGACAUCCGAUGUACCGGGGAGUGAGGAAGAGAAGGAACAGUGGCAAGUGGGUGUCGGAGAUUCGUGAGCCGAAAAAACCUAACCGGAUUUGGCUGGGAACAUUUUCGACACCCGAAAUGGCAGCCAUAGCCUACGAUGUCGCAGCUCUUGCCCUAAAGGGCCGGGACGCAGAGCUCAACUUCCCCGAUAUGGCGGCUUCUUUGCCUGUCCCUGUCUCAGCAUCUCCAGGAGACAUCCAGGCCGCUGCUGCUUCAGCUGCUGCCGCUCUAGGAGCGGCGAAUGACGCGAUGAAGAACCGAGAAACGAGUAAUAAUAAUACCCGAGUGCAUCAUCAUCACCAUCAUCAUCAUCAUCAAGAGGAUAACGCAUCAAUGAUGAUGAUUAAUGGUGAUUAUCAUCACUAUCAUAGUAAUAGCGUUUUGAAUAGUGGAUUCAUGGACGAGGAUUUGAUCUUCGACAUGCCUAAUGUGCUUGUGCAUAUGGCUGAAGGAAUGCUUCUUAGCCCGCCUCACCUUCACGCUCACGGUGGUGCCUCCGGUGGUGAAGAUGGAUUCCUUGGAGCUGAUGAUCACUUGUGGAAGUUUCCAUGA